GAAGAGCUACAGAGACCCCCGGGGCCCACUAACCAUGUAGGGGUGAGGGAUGUGGGAGCCUAAAGACUGAAAGUGGCAUAAGUGAAACAGUCUGGCUCCUGGACAGAUCCCCUCUCACCCAAAAGGGUGGAUGUCAAAGCUGCUAUCGUGGGCGCCACUACACUUCCCAUGUCAUGCUUGAGGACAGCCUCAGUGCUGUGUCUGGGGCCUUGGCACCCCCUUGUGGUCUAAGUCUGUGGCAGAGUUAAGUACUCAAAGGCAGCCAGGUUCAGGCAAGGAGGCUCCAGGCCCCUGGAGAGACCCAUUGGAUUUCUUUUUUUUUUUCCGCCCCCAUUGGAUUUUUUUUUUUUUGGUACCGGAGAUCCAAUUCGGGUCCUUGCGCUUGCAAGGCAGGCGGUGGAACCACUGAGUUAAAUCCCCGGUGCCCUCAUUGGAUUUUUGAUGGGGUUGGGGUGCAGAAUCCCUGGAGUCUUGAGAGCUUGGCCCUGCAGGCCCUGCCUGAACCCCUUCAACAACAGCCUAUACCUCAAUAGGGCUCCAAAUCCUAAGUUGAGGCAGACAGGUUCUGAGGAACCCCUAGGUAGGUCCCAGAGCACCAAUGGGAUUUCUCCAGGAUUGGGGGCCACCAACCUGCCCUGGGACACAUUCCUCGGCUGAAAACAGACCUGCAAAAGAUUGACUGAAAGGUAGCCACCUCUGCAGAUAAAUGACUUUGUUGCACCCAAAUGUAUCUGUACAGACAAGUUCAGGGAAGUAUGUAUACUGGCAUAUGCUUGGGUACACAGGUAUGCUCAGACAUGCAGCUGGGCAAGUGUACCCUAACAUGCAAUGCACAUAUAUGUGCAUUUGCACACUCAAACACACAUGAGCCCACAUAGACGUAAAAUAUACACACACGUGCACAUGAAAAGAAAUGCAUAGGAGGGCCGGGGAUUUAGCUCAGUGGUUCCACCGCCUGCCUCACAAGCGCAAGGUCCCGUGUUCGAUCCCCAGUACCAAAAAAAAAAAAAUAAUAAUGCAUAGAAGGCCAGGGAUUUAGCUCAGCAGUCCCGCUUCCUGCCUUUGCAAGCACAAGGUCCUGAGUUCGAUCCUUGCUACCAGAAAAAAGAGAAAUGUAUAGGAAGCUGGAGGAGGUAGCUCAGUAGUAGAGAAUAUGCCUAGAAUGUGUGAACCCCUGGGUUCUAUCCCCAGUGCCACACAAAAAAACCCAUAAAAGGGCCCAGGAUUUACCUCAGUGGCACAGUGCCUGCCUUGCAAGUACAAGGUCUUGAGUUUGAUCCCCGGUACCACACACACCAAAAAAAGCCCAUAAAAGCAGAUCUACACAGGCAUACACAUGUAUACAUGUGCACACCCAAACAUCCAUACAAGGUACAUGGAUGCUCACAUGUAACAGCACACACACUCAAAAUGGAACAAACAAGGACCCAUACACACAGGUAUAAGGGCACAAAUGUGUCAAAACAUUACCUUGCUCAAUGCCAGUAAGGGACAGAAACAUACACUCAGGCACAUAUAGCAGAUGUACAUGGUCACCAACGCCAUUGGAAGCAUGUGAAGGCUCUGCUGGUAUCAGAUCCAGCCCUCAAUAUGGGGCAAGUGUAAUCAGCUACUUUUUCCCUUGUGAUUCCCAGCAGGGCAUAAAACCCUGGUCCAGAGCCAGCCAGGCCUUCUCAACCACUGCCUGCUGUGUGACCCUGUGAGCCUCCACUUCCUCAUCAGUAAACAGGGUGGAAGAUACGGGCACCCAUCCCCCUGGGUUGAUGUGAGCUUCCAGCAGGACAAAGAGUGGUACUGAGCAGUGCUGGGCAGGCUCAGGUGCUCCAUACCUGCUUCUCCCUCCAUACCCUGGAGUGGCAGCCCUGCCCCCAAGAUCCCCACUGAGUUGAGGGACUCUCCACUUCUUUCUCAAUCCAAACCCUACCAAACAUGUUUCCUUGCUGUGGGGCAGGGGAAGGACUACCCACUGCUUUUCCUGGGGUGGCACUGGGGAGAAUGCAUAGUCAGCACUUGAGGGAUUGGGGCCAUGCUAGCCGGCUUAGAAGGGUUGGGGGGCUGAGCUGGCUUCACUUGUCCUUGUCUCUGAUUGGCCCUUGGGCACCCCUAGCUCCCAAAUCCCAAUAAGCAGCCCCACCAGGGCCUGUGCAGGUCCUUGGAGAGCCAGUUGAUUACCAGAAGGGCAUCUGGGGAGCCCAGAGACUGGCCUGAGCCAGGCUCUCGGGAUCCCCUUCCAUCUAGAAGAGCCACCUGCUCACCCUGCCCUUUCACCUGCUGCUGGGACCAUGGGGGCUGGGGCUAGUGCUGAGGAGAAGCACUCCAGGGAGCUGGAAAAGAAGCUGAAAGAAGAUGCUGAGAAGGAUGCUCGAACAGUCAAACUGCUGCUUCUGGGUGCCGGUGAGUCUGGAAAGAGCACCAUUGUCAAGCAGAUGAAGAUUAUCCACCAGGACGGGUACUCGCUGGAGGAGUGCCUCGAGUUCAUUGCCAUCAUCUAUGGCAACACGCUGCAGUCCAUCCUGGCCAUCGUGCGGGCCAUGACCACUCUCAACAUCCAGUAUGGAGACUCAGCGCACCAGGAUGAUGCCCGGAAGCUGAUGCAUAUGGCAGACACCAUUGAGGAGGGCACAAUGCCCAAGGAGAUGUCAGAUAUCAUUCAGUGGCUGUGGAAGGACUCAGGCAUCCAGGCCUGCUUUGAGCGUUCCUCUGAGUACCAGCUCAACGACUCUGCGGGCUACUACCUCUCAGACCUGGAGCGUCUGGUGACCCCAGGUUAUGUGCCCACUGAGCAAGAUGUACUGCGCUCGCGUGUUAAGACCACUGGCAUCAUUGAGACGCAGUUCUCCUUCAAGGACCUCAACUUCCGGAUGUUCGACGUGGGAGGGCAGCGCUCGGAGCGCAAGAAGUGGAUCCACUGUUUCGAGGGGGUGACCUGCAUCAUUUUCAUCGCAGCGCUGAGCGCCUACGACAUGGUGCUGGUGGAGGACGACGAAGUGAACCGCAUGCACGAGAGCCUGCACCUGUUCAACAGCAUCUGCAACCACCGGUACUUCGCCACCACGUCCAUCGUGCUCUUCCUCAACAAGAAGGACGUCUUUUCCGAGAAGAUCAAGAAAGCGCACCUCAGCAUCUGCUUCCCAGACUACGACGGGCCUAACACGUAUGAGGACGCAGGCAACUACAUCAAGGUGCAGUUCCUCGAGCUCAACAUGCGGCGAGACGUGAAGGAGAUCUACUCCCACAUGACGUGCGCCACUGACACACAGAACGUCAAGUUUGUUUUCGAUGCUGUCACGGACAUCAUCAUCAAAGAGAACCUCAAAGACUGUGGCCUCUUCUGAGGUGGGGUCCUCACAGGCAAGACGCUUCCAUCGCCUCCCCUUAGUCUCAAACCCCAGCCCUGCCCCCAGCGCCUCUCUACUACAGACUCUGCCGCUCUCCCUGACACUCCGUCAAGUCCCCACAGAAUGGCUUCCAGGCUCCACCCCAGCUCCUCAGGCUCCACUCACUUCCACAAGAGGCAGGCCCCUCCCCCGGCUCCUAAGGCCUGCCCAUUUAAUCUCCUUUGACCCCAACCCCUAAGUGUCCCAUCGUCCAGGGCGCCCCCCCCCCCCCACACGCACAAUGCCCGAACCUACUUACACUGAGUCUCAGGGAUGCUGACUUGGUUCCCUUUCCUCCUCCUAGGUGCCUGAACUCCUGUGUGUCCCUUGCUCUGAGACCCUGUAGCCCUAGCUGCCUCAUAGCCCCAAAACACAGCCUUCCAUGAUUCCUGGGCCCACACCUGCUGGCCCUCUAAAUACAGUCCCAAAGCCCUGAGCCCUGAAACUUGCAGCACAGAUUCUCCCCUGUGUCCCCUGACCCAGCCCUACACUUCACUGCCUGGCCACUUUGGCCUCUUGGUCCCACAGCAGUCAGACUCAGGGCCACUGGAGCUCACAGUGACUCAGCAGUGGCCAUCUGAUCAAUCUCCUGCAGGUCUCUUGCCCCCUGGAGCCCACAACUCACCUGGUAGGUCUGGGUUCACCAAAUGGCCCUCCCACAGUUUUGUGAAGGCUUUGCAGUGUCCCUCCCCCUAGGCAGCUGAGUCCAGCCCUGCCACUUCCAUAUGACAAGUCUGACAUUUCCCUACCUGACAGUGGCCAGCGACUGUUUCUCCCCAUAGCUUUGAGGGUCAAAAGUCCAAGCUAGCUCUGGUUUGUGCAGCCCCUGAACAGAUAAAUUAGUGACUAGGGAGGUGGAUCUGAGAGCCCCUGGAUAUUAGAGGAGACACAAGCUGGACCCUCCCUCCCUCCAAAUACCAGUCUCAGAAUGCUCCCCUUCCCCCUCCAGAUCUGCCCCUCUGUCCUUGGACCCCAGAUCUGUGCUCCACCUCAUCCACCUGAACACAGUACUCUGGCAUGACUGGCCAAGAGAAUGGUGUGUUGAGGGAGGGUACUGUUGACACCAACUGUGCCCAAUAGUCAAGCAGUCCUGAGGGGUGGCUAGGGCAGAGUCCAGCUCCUACUGAUCAGCCCCAGGCAGAAGAUUCAGGAUAGGAUGGAGCCCAGGCUGUGCCCAAUGGAAUCUACCUCCUAUGGGUUACAGGCAAACCCAAGUGACUCUUGUCCCUGCCAGGAGUUCUUCUCACCCUCUCCAUUCAUGACCCAUUCUUCAGUAGGGAGCACUGAGGGCCAUGCCUGAACUAUCAGGGACAAGGGCUUAUGUCCCUCACCUUCCUGCUCCUUCCUCAUCAAGGAUCAAGUCUUUGCUUAUCCCCAUGGGCCAGGGCUGUGCUGCAGCUGGGGAAAAGGAACUUUCAUCUGGCAAAGCCAGAGCACAAUCCACACUCCCCAUAGGUGCACAGACAGCAAUAAACCUUUGCACCGGA